AUGGAACUGUGGCGGCAGUGUAGUCACUGGCUGAUCCAGUGUCGGGUGCUACCGCCCAGCCACCGCGUGACCUGGGAUGGAGCCCAGGUGUGCGAGCUGGCCCAGGCCCUCCGGGAUGGGGUCCUACUUUGUCAACUGCUCAACAACCUGCUGCCCCACGCCAUCAACCUACGCGAGGUCAACCUGCGCCCUCAGAUGUCCCAGUUCCUGUGUCUUAAGAAUAUCCGCACCUUCUUGUCUACCUGCUGUGAGAAGUUUGGCCUCAAGAGGAGUGAGCUCUUCGAGGCCUUUGACCUGUUUGAUGUGCAGGAUUUUGGGAAGGUCAUCUACACCCUGUCUGCUCUGUCCUGGACCCCGAUUGCCCAGAACAGGGGCAUCAUGCCCUUCCCCACCGAGGAGGAGAGUGUGGGCGAUGAAGACAUCUACAGUGGCCUGUCUGACCAGAUUGAUGACACAGUGGAGGAGGAUGAGGACCUGUAUGACUGUGUGGAGAACGAGGAAGCUGAGGGGGAUGAGAUCUACGAGGACCUCAUGCGCUCAGAAGCCGUGGCCAUGCCGUCCAAGAUGACAGAGUACGACAAGCGCUGUUGCUGUCUGCGUGAGAUCCAGCAAACUGAGGAGAAGUACACAGAUACGCUGGGAUCCAUUCAGCAGCACUUCAUGAAACCCCUGCAGAGGUUCCUCAAACCCCAAGACAUUGAGACCAUCUUCACCAACAUCGAGGACCUGCUUUGUGUACACACCCAGUUUUUGAAGGAGAUGAAGGAUACCCUGGCUGCUCCCAGCGCUCCCAACCUCUACCAGGUCUUUAUCAAGUACAAGGAGAGGUUCCUUCUCUACGGCAGAUACUGCAGCCAGGUCGAGUCCGCCAGCAAGCACUUGGACAGUGUGGCCUCGGCUCGAGAGGAUGUGCAGAUGAAGUUGCAGGAAUGUUCUAAGCGAGCAAACAACGGGAGGUUCACCUUGCGGGACCUGCUGAUGGUGCCCAUGCAGCGGGUACUGAAGUACCACCUACUUCUCCAGGAGCUAGUGAGACACACACAGGACUCGAUGGAGAAGGAGAAUUUGCGGUUGGCCCUGGAUGCCAUGCGGGACCUGGCGCAGUGCGUAAAUGAAGUAAAGCGAGACAAUGAGACGCUAAAGCAGAUCACCAACUUCCAGCUGUCCAUAGAGAACCUGGGCCAGUCUCUGGCCCACUAUGGCAGACCCAAGAUCGACGGGGAGCUCAAGAUUACGUCAUCAGAGCGGCGCUCCAAGAUGGACAGGUAUGCCUUCCUGCUUGACAAAGCCCUGCUCAUCUGUAAGCGCCGUGGUGACUCCUACGACUUCAAAGACUUUGUGAACUUGCACAACUUCCAGGUUCGAGACGACUCUUCCGGAGAUCGGGACAACAAGAAGUGGACCCACAUGUUUGUCCUGAUUGAGGACCAAGGCAACCAGGGCUACGAGCUGUUCUUUAAGACGCGGGAGCUGAAGAAGAAGUGGAUGGAACAGUUCGAGAUGGCCAUCUCCAACAUCUACCCUGAGAACGCCACCGCCAACGGGCAUGACUUCCAGAUGUUCUCCUUUGAGGAGACCACUUCCUGCUCGGCCUGUCAGAUGUUGCUGAGAGGAACCUUCUACCAGGGGUAUCGUUGCCAUCGGUGCCGGGCACCUGCACACAAGGAGUGUUUGGGGAGGGUCCAUCCGUGUGGUCGACAUGGGCAAGAUUUUUCAGGGACCACAAAGAAGGAUAAGCUUCACCGAAGGGCCCAGGACAAAAAGAGAAAUGAUCUGGGCCUGCCCAAGAUGGAGGUUUGUCAGGAGUACUAUGGACUUCCUCCACCGCCCGGAGCCUUUGGACAUUUUCUACGGCUCAACUCUGGAGACAUCGUGGAGCUCACCAAGGCUGAGGCAGAACAGAACUGGUGGGAGGGCAGGAAUACUUCCACCAAUGAAGUUGGCUGGUUUCCCUGUAACAGGGUCAAGCCCUACGUCCAUGGACCUCCUCAGGACCUGUCCGUUCAUGUCUGGUAUGCUGGGCCCAUGGAGCGUGCCGAGGCUGAGAGCAUCCUCACUAACCGUUCGGAUGGGACCUUCUUGGUGCGACAGAGGGUGAAGGACGCCGCAGAAUUUGCCAUCAGCAUUAAGUUUAACAUCGAGGUCAAGCACAUUAAAAUCAUGACGUCAGAAGGGCUGUUUCGGAUCACAGAGAAGAAGGCUUUCCGGGGGCUUACGGUGUAUGGACCUGGAAGCAUCAAGUAUUUUGGCACAGCCAAGGCCCGCUAUGACUUCUGUGCCCGGGACCGGUCGGAGUUGUCCCUCAAGGAAGGCGACAUCAUCAAGAUUCUUAACAAGAAGGGACAACAAGGCUGGUGGCGAGGGGAGAUCUAUGGCCGGAUUGGCUGGUUCCCUUCCAACUACGUGGAGGAAGAUUAUUCUGAAUACUGCUGA